GCCUCGACACCCCGGCCCCCGACGCCGGGAGAAGCGGGUGCUGCCGUGGCACCCCGGCCGGGGGUCCCGUCGGGAGCGGCUCGGGAGCGGCGGGUCCAUGCCAGGCGGAGCAGGAGCGCUGACGGUGCCUCUUCCCCUCCCCGAGGUGACAUGGAGCAGCUGAAGUGACCCGAGGAGCCCUCACAGCGGUGCCCAGGAUGGGCUGCGUGCCCUGCAAGGAGAAAAGGGCCGGCAAAGGGCAGGCGGGGGGCGAGGGGGGCUCCCCCCCGCCUCCCCCCUCCCAGUAUGACCCAGACCCCACCCAGACCGGAGCCAGCUUCACCUGCAUCCCCGACUUCAACAACUUCCAGGGCCCAGCAGUGCCCUUGGCCCCGUCCUUGGCGGGGCCGGGCGUGUUCACCUCCAACACUCUGCAGAUGAGGAGCGGGGGCAUCGCAGGUGGGGGGGUGACACUCUUCAUCGCCCUGUACGACUAUGAGGCCCGGACGGAGGAUGACCUGACCUUCCAGAAAGGGGAGAAAUUCCACAUCAUCAACAACACGGAGGGGGACUGGUGGGAGGCCAGGUCGCUGAGCUCGGGCGCCACGGGCUACAUCCCCAGCAACUACGUGGCCCCUGUGGAUUCCAUCCAGGCAGAGGAGUGGUACUUCGGGAAGAUCGGGCGCAAGGACGCGGAGCGGCAGCUCCUGUGCCACGGCAACUGCAGGGGCACCUUCCUCAUCCGGGAGAGCGAGACCACCAAAGGGGCCUAUUCGCUCUCCAUCCGGGACUGGGACGAGGCCAAGGGCGAGCACGUGAAGCACUAUAAGAUUCGGAAGCUGGACAGCGGGGGGUACUACAUCACCACCCGUGCCCAGUUCGACACCGUCCAGCAGCUGGUCCAGCACUAUAUAGAGCGGGUGGCCGGGCUGUGCUGCCGCCUGGCCAUGCCGUGCCACAAGGGCACCCCAAAACUGGCCGACCUGUCGGUCAAAACCAAAGACGUGUGGGAGAUCCCCCGGGAGUCCCUCCAGCUCCUCAAGAAGCUGGGGAACGGGCAGUUCGGGGAAGUCUGGAUGGGCACCUGGAAUGGCACCACGAAGGUGGCAGUGAAGACGCUGAAGCCGGGCACCAUGUCCCCCGAGGCCUUCCUGGAGGAGGCCCAGAUCAUGAAGCGGCUGCGGCACGACAAGCUGGUGCAGCUCUACGCCGUGGUGUCCGAGGAGCCCAUCUACAUCGUCACCGAGUUCAUGAGCCAGGGCAGCCUGCUGGAUUUCCUGAAGGACGGGGACGGCCGCUACCUGAAGCUGCCCCAGCUGGUGGACAUGGCAGCCCAGAUCGCGGCGGGCAUGGCGUACAUCGAGCGGAUGAACUACAUCCACCGGGACCUGCGUGCCGCCAACAUCCUGGUGGGGGACAACCUGGUGUGCAAGAUCGCUGACUUCGGCCUCGCCCGCCUCAUCGAGGACGACGAGUACACGGCACGGCAGGGUGCCAAGUUCCCCAUCAAGUGGACGGCCCCAGAGGCCGCGCUUUUUGGCAAGUUCACCAUCAAGUCGGACGUCUGGUCCUUCGGCAUCCUCCUGACCGAGCUGGUGACCAAAGGCAGGGUGCCCUACCCAGGGAUGAACAACAGGGAGGUGCUGGAGCAGGUGGAGCGGGGGUACCGCAUGCAGUGCCCCGGGAACUGCCCGCCGUCCCUGCACGAGGUGAUGGUGCAGUGCUGGAAGCGGGAGCCCGAGGAACGCCCCACCUUCGAGUACCUCCAGUCCUUCCUCGAGGACUAUUUCACCGCCACCGAGCCCCAGUACCAGCCCGGGGACAACCAGUGACCCCCGCCCUGAGGCUCUGGGGUGGCUUCGGGGGUGAAUCUCCCACUUUUAUUGGGGAGGGGUGUUGCUCCUUUUGGCUGUGCCCCCCCCCCCCAAAAAAAUGCCUGUUGAGUGGUGCUCAGGGUGCCCCGGGGAGGACGUGGGGCUUUGCA